AUGGUAUUGAUGGAUAACAAGGGUGAUAAAAUUCCAGCAACAGUGCGGAAAACUCUUAUUUCUCGAUUUCAGACUAAUAUUCAUGAUGGAGAUGUGUACAACUUUCGUUCUCUUGGUGUUGCUAUAAAGAUUGAAUGUGCACUUUUUGGAUCCUAUGUUGAUGAACUGAAUGCAUAUUUGCAAUCCGGUUAUAAUCAAAAUGUUGUUGUACUUGCUCAGUUUCUAAAAGUGAAGAUGUUUAAUGGUAAAAGCCAACUACAAAAUAACAUGACCAAUUUGAAAUACUAUGAAGAGAGGGCAAUACUUGCUCCGACCCAUGAUACUGUAGAUAUCGUUAAUGAUUAUGUUUUAUCAUUAAUUCCAGGCGAGGAAAAGGAAUAUAAUAGUUCAGACUCAAUUGUCCUUUCUGGUGAAAAUUAUAUUGUGCAUGGAGAUUGGUUCACACCUGAAUCUUUGAAUGAUAUGAAAUGUUCAGGAAUUUCAAAUCACCGAUUAAGAUUAAAGAUUGGUGUUCCAGUCAUGAUUUUGAGGAACAUUGAUCAAGCUAAUAGACUACGUAAUGGAACAAGAUUGCUCAUAAAUGAACUGUGUAUAAAUAUUAUUGGAGCAACUGUGAUCACGAAAAAACAUCGGUGA